AUGGUCGACCAUAUACUCGAUGGAGAACAAGUGAGAAUUCAAGCGCACAGUGCAUUUGAAGUGCAAACCCUGAACACACGUUUGGGUCACCAUAAAGUUGGAGGACAAAAGAUACCUAACAGAAAGGCUACUAUAAUACACACUCAAGACACACAAAAAGCGUCGGGACGUAUUAAUUUGAAAUCAGAAACUAAACAUUUUGAAUUCAACAAAACUCGAGCUUUAAUAGGGUCUGCAGCUGCACUGGGCAUUGGCGGUAUUUGUGUUUAUGGCUUGUCGGCAAAGAAUGAUUCGCUGUCAACUUUUGAUCGUUCUGUCACUUGGCCACAUUAUGUGAAACAACGUGUUCAAGCAACAUAUGGCUAUCUACUAGCUAGUGUUGCAAUUACAGCUGGUUCAUCGUUUGCAUUCCUCCAGUCUCCUACCGUGUGUCGUUUGAUGCUUAGUGGUGGUUGGCUUGCUCCCAUCGGAAUGGCUGUAUUGUCUGUAAUUGCAGGAAUCAUUUGUCAGUCAAUUCCAUAUCCACAAUCAGGUAUAGGUGUUAAACACUUGGCAUGGGUUGCAUAUUCUAUGAGUUUAGGUGGUAUGUUAUUGCCUAUAUGUCUGGUUGGAGGACCGAUUCUUACUCAGGCUGCUAUGUACACUGGAGGUAUAGUGGGUUCUCUGUCAUUGGUUGCAUUGACAGCGCCGUCAGAUCGUUUUUUGAACUGGGGUGGUCCUUUGGCAAUUGGUUUGGGAGUUGUCUUUGUAUCGUCUAUUGGUUCCAUGUUUUUAUCACCUGUAAGUCGUUUAGGAUCUGGUUUAUCAUUCAUUAGUCUAUAUGGUGGUCUUAUUUUGUUUUCGGGAUUUCUAUUGUAUGAUACACAACAUGUGAUAAGACGGGCGGAAUCUUAUCCACCUCCGUCUUACACUACACCACCACUUUAUUCCUACAAUAACAACCACAGAUUGAUGGAAUCGAAUUUUGUCAAACCAUUUGACCCAAUCAACAGUUCUAUCAAAAUACUUGUAGAUGCUUUGAAUAUAUUUAUUCGUAUGGUAGUUAUCCUGUCUGGUAAUGGUAGUAACCGUCGCAAGUGAAGUGAACUUCACUACCAAACCUAUUAACAAAAAAAAAACUGCUACUCGUAAAACAACACUUGAUGAUUAGAUUUAUCUUAUUCUUACUGUUAUCAUCAUCGUGAUUUUCUCUCUUUUUGUAACUACUACUACUAGUAAAUAAUGUGUGACUGAUGAGAAAGCACAAAAUAUGUUGUCUUCUUAUAUGUCUGUCUAUUCAAAAUUUUAAUCAAAAGGGAACCAGUGUUUUAACAUUUGUCAUUCGUUGAGUGAGUGAGUGAGUGAAUGUGGUGUAUGUGUUUGUUUUUUUGUUUUGUAUUUAGUUUAAAUCAUUGCAUUGCGAAUCAACAAUGAUGUUUUAUUUUUGAAGUUCCGAUUCUUUUUUUUCGUUUUGCUUUGUUUUGAUUUAAAAUGAUAAAAAAAUCUAUCAAAUUUGCUGGUCAUACAUAUUUGCGCAUCUUGUAUCAUAAACUGUGUGUGUGUGUGUUGUUUUUGUGUGGUAAGUUUGUUUGAAUGAAAUAUACAUUCAAAGUGUGAAUAA